CAAAAACGGAACAUACCUGUAUUAUGAAAAUCAAUAGUUACAGCAAUGCUACAUUCUACUAGCCUAUUUACCACCUAAGAUAGUGGGUAUCAAAUCACAUACCUUCUAAUACUAUUCAUACAUUAAUGGCUGUUGAAGCUAUCUAUCGUGAAAUCGAUCUGUUACUCACAGAAUCACUGAAUUUCCCACGCUCCUCUAUCCCAUAAUCUCUCAAUUAGCGGUCUAUCAAUAGAUUGCGUGUUCCACAAUGAGAGCACGCGUUUUGCAGUUACCAUCCGAAACCUGCAUGUAGGGAUGCACUUCCGAUAGCAAUCAAAAUAUCAAAAUGUAACCACUCCCCACAAACAGCUCUGUUAUUAACAGCUAUUGCGCCGUUAUGGAUUAAUGCAUCCUCCGGUGCAACUGCAUGUCCGAAUCAUGUCGAUAAUCGUGCAGCGAUCGCCAAUUCGCUAACUAACUGCACACUCUCAUUCAACUUCCAUAACAAAGUACGAUCACACGCUCACGCAUUCCCAUCACAGCAAAGGGUGGUGAGAAUCAGCUUAAUGAAAACAAAUAGGUUAUUGAUGUUCUGUCGACUACCUUUUAAACCAACAAACCGGUUCAAGAUCGAUCGUGAUCCAUGAAACAAAGCGAUUGCGAGUUCGUCUCUUAAACGGUCAGCGAAUCACCGAAACAAACGGUCCAACAAGUCAUUUGAUCUUUUUUUGAUCACCGUGACGAAUUGUUGAGAGUGAGCUAUUUUGGUCGUGGGUCCUAAAGAUUUACGACCAUGCCCCUUUAUUUGGUACGAUCCGCACGAGCAGAGACACUUCGCCAUCAACAACGAGAAAGUGCCGCGCCUUAGCACAGACAGAACCACUUGACGCCGGUCGCUGAUUAUUUACUUCGCACAACUCACAGAGCAACAGAGAGCGAGAUCCUCUCAGCUGAUAGAAUUAAUACGAAGGAUGCUCGCCAAUUAUUCGCCUGCAAACAGAACUCCGAUCCUCUCCACGCUGUCUGGUGCGAGGUGCAACUUUCAGUCGACAGUUAGCAGCAUCGCUUAGCGGACGUAUAAAUUCGCGAUCGCGAAAAUUGUCCACGAUCAUCGUGAACCGUGACUUCAAGUUGCGCCAUCACUCCACCCUUAAGAUCGUGUGCGCCGAUCGAGUCGGUUGGUUGCAAGAAGAGUAUUCGCCUUGGAAGCGUGCAUGUCGCGAUCAACGGCAGCAUUAUGACGCGAUCGAUUGUCAUCACCGUGGCUGUCUUUAUCCUGCUGACGAAUGAUCGAGCCGGUGCAAGAAUCUACAAGAGAUGCGAGUUGGCACGUGAGCUGGCUCUUAAACAGGUGCCGGAAGAUGAAAUCGGUGAUUGGUUGUGUAUCGCUGAACAUGGAUCACGGUUCAACAGCUCGGCUAUCAAUCUCAAGUACAAACCAUUCGGUGGAUCGGCAUACUAUGGAAUCUUUCAAAUAAGUGAUCAGUAUGGCUGUCUGAAGAGCAGUUCAAUAUGCGGACUAAUUUGUGCUGAUCUGAAGGACGACGAAGUGGAAGAUGAUAUUGAUUGCAUGAGGAAAAUCUACGGCGAGUACAGCCGAGAGAUCGGAGAUGGGUUCGCGGCUUGGCCAGUCUACAAAAAACAUUGCCGUAAUCCGGCGAGUUUCGUACCUUUCAAAGAGUGUUUGAACGACGAAAUCAUGAGAUUCCAAGCGUAUUAUAAAAAGAAGAGGGCGAAAGCUAAGAAGGUGGAAUUAGAACCGAAAGUUGAAGUCGGAAAAGUAUACGAACGGUGUGAACUUGCUAAUGAAUUACGUGACAAAUACCAGAUGGAAUCGGAGCAUAUCCCGACGUGGGUUUGCAUAGCGUACCACGAAAGUCGCUUCAACACUUCCGCUGAAGGUCGAUUGAACGCGGAUGGAAGCGGUGAUCAUGGUCUGUUCCAAAUCAGUGAUAUCUAUUGGUGCUCUACAGGGAGUUCUCCGGGCAAAGCAUGUGGCGUGACUUGUGAAGAUAUGCGUAACAAUGACAUCAGUGACGACAUCCGGUGCAUUAAAACAAUAUUCGAUGAACAUCGAAGAAUCUCCGGAAACGGAUUUAACGCGUGGUCAGUGUACAAACCUUACUGUCAGGGUAGGGAAGAAAGCUUUGUACACAACUGCUUCGACUCGACUAAACCGACAACUGUUAUUCGCCCACGACCAGGCAUAACGGCACCAACUCCACCCAAAACCAAAUCUUCAAUCGUCUCAAUUGGUAAAAUCUACGAUCGAUGCGAACUUGCAAAUGAUCUUCUGCACAAGUUCAAGUUCCCGAAAGAACAAGUGGCCACAUGGGUAUGCAUAGCCUAUCACGAAAGCAGCUUCAAUACGUCAGCAGAAGGCCGUUUGAAUGCGGAUGGAAGUGGUGAUCAUGGGCUUUUCCAAAUCAGUGACAUCUAUUGGUGUUCUCCUCCAGGCAAUGGAUGGGCCUGUGGCGUGAGCUGUGAUGAUCUGAAAGAUGACAACAUUGCAGAUGACGUACAAUGCAUUCGUAAGAUCUUUGACGAACAUCAGAGAUUGUCUGGAGAUGGUUUCAACGCGUGGUCGGUCUACAAGCCAUACUGUCAGGGAAAAGCCGACAGCUAUGCGAAGGGAUGCUUUGGAUCCGAUGAUGAUCAUGCCGUUACAGCCGCAUUGACUAAACCUGCCAUCACAGCUCCAACUCAUGCUCCAUCUAGAAAGAUCGGAGUAAGUCGUGGGAAAGUGUACAAUCGAUGUGAACUUGCUAGGGAAUUGCAUUACAAACAUCAACUUCCAAUAGAGGUUUCUGCAAUGUGGACCUGCAUCGCUCAGUAUCAGUCGAACUUCAACACUUCUGCCGUUGGUUAUGGAGGCGGAGACGUGCAGUAUCAUGGAAUGUUUCAGCUCAGUGACGAAUAUUGGUGCUCACCUCCGGGCCGUGGUUGGGUUUGUGGACUACCGUGCUCGGAUUUGGAGGACGAUGAUAUAAGAGAUGAUCUUGCGUGUAUGAAGCACAUCUACGACGAGCAUCAGAGGAUUUCUGGGGAUGGCUUCAAUGCGUGGGCUGUCUACCAGCCGUACUGCAAAGGAAAUGCACAAAACAUGAUCAAGGGAUGUUUUGAGGAAGGAGAAAAUGCAAUCAUUCCAACAACGACCAUGCGAGUACCACAUAGAAAGCAAAAUGUCGGAGUUGGAAAGAUCUAUGAACGUUGUGAACUGGCUCGUGAAUUGUAUCAUGUGCAUCAGCUGCCAUUUGAACAAAUUGCUACCUGGGUCUGUAUAGCUCAUCGAGAAUCAAAUUACAACGUUUCAGCUAUUGGUAGACUUAACGCCGACGGAAGUGAAGAUCAUGGACUGUUCCAGAUAACUGACAUUUAUUGGUGCUCACCGCCAGGAAAAGGCUGGGUUUGUGGAAUAGCUUGUUCAGACCUUGAAGAUAACGACCUUAGUGACGAUGUGGAGUGUAUGAAAAAGAUUCACGAAGAACACACAAGACUCUCGGGAGAUGGGUUCACUGCGUGGGCUGUUUAUAGGCCUUACUGUCAAGGACGAUCCGAUCAUUACAUAAGAGGAUGCUUUGACGAAACUUCAACGAUUCCAUCAACGACUACAACAAAAUCCACAUCUAAACUGACAACUCCAAGAUUAGCAAGCACCACCAAGCGAUCAACGUAUUCAUGGCUCCCAACAACCACAAGCAAAACUACAGCAGCUUCAACAAGCAAUACUUUUUGGACUUCAACCUCUACAAAAUCAACACUGCCAUCAACGACAAGCGCCCGCCCAACAACUACCCCUCGAUUCCAAUUCGGGUCAACAAAGUCAACGACCAGUUUGUACGACUUCUACCUGAACCAUUUCGGCCGUCCAAACACAACUCCGGCGUCGUUUGCUGCCUUUACUGUCAGACCGCCCAAUUCACCAAAACCUGCCAUAUCAACAACCGCUGCCCGACUCACCGCGUGGCAGUCUCCAAGUGAUCGCACCACAAUGCGAUCUUCUGCUGUCACCGUAGCGCCAUUUUCCACCACCAGCACCAAGUAUUCACGAUUUGAUCAACUGUUUGAUAAUUUUAGACACGGUUAAUUGAAUAAAUGAACCUUUUUGGAUGAAA